UGGGAUGCUCAACGCCACCUCUGCUUGAGUGGUGGAGCAGCAAGCGGUCGGGAGGCUGAGCGCUGCCUUCCAUUGCUAAAGAUGUGAAAAUGGCGGAGUUACAAAUGCUUUUGGAAGAGGAGAUUCCAGCUGGACGUAGUGCAUUAUUAGAUAGUUUCACCAAUUUGGAAAGAGUUGCCGAGUAUUGCGAAAGCAACUAUGUUCAGUCACCAGACAAGCACAGAGCCUUGGAGGAGACGAAGAACUACACCACCCAGUCUCUGGCCAGCGUAGCCUACCUGAUCAACACCUUGGCUAACAAUGUCCUUCAGAUGCUGGACAUCCAGGCCUCCCAGCUCCGCCGCAUGGAGUCCUCCAUCAACCACAUCUCACAGACAGUGGACAUCCAUAAAGAAAAAGUGGCAAGGCGGGAGAUUGGCAUCCUGACCACCAAUAAGAACACUUCCCGCACGCACAAGAUCAUCGCUCCGGCCAAUCCCGAGAGGCCGGUGCGCUACAUCCGGAAGCCCAUUGACUACAGUCUGCUGGACGACAUGGGUCACGGGGUGAAGUGGUUGCUGAGGUUUAAGGCCAGCGCUCAGAACAUGAAGGUGGGUACUGGAGGCCUGGCCCGGACCAACCCACCCACACAGAAGCCGCCCAGCCCACCCAUGUCAGGGAAGGGAACCAUUGGGCGCCACUCCCCCUAUAGGACGCUUGAGCCGGUGCGUCCUCCCGUUGUCCCUAACGACUACGUCUCGAGCCCGACGCGUCAUGGCAACAUGGCGCCCCCACUACAGAGCCCUGCACACACUGCGUCUGUUAAUCAGAGGACCCGCACGUACAGCAGUGGAAGCAGUGGAGGCAGUCAUCCCAGCAGCAGUCGGAGCAGCAGCAGGGAGAAUAGCGGCAGCGGCUCAGUGGGCGUGCCUAUCGCCGUGCCGACGCCAGCUCCACCCACAACGGCCUUCCCAGGUACCGCCUCCACUAACCCCACCAAGACACCUCCCGCGGCUAUCACCACUACUCCCGCUCCUCCUGAGCGUCUCCCUGGCCUCGGUCCAGCCACCAACCCCACCCCCAACCCCCCCACCGAGGGCCCGCCUGCCCCCCCUCCCCCACCCCAGCUCCCCGUCGCCGUCACAACCGCUUUCAGCACUCCCGCACAAGGGGCCCCUCAGUUCUUCAGCAUGAACCGACCAAUCCAACCACAGAACCCUCCCGCGGUGGGUGGGUCUCUGCCUUACCGCCGGCCUGCGUCAGUGAUGGGCCAACCCAAUCCCGCCUUGCCUCAGAACCAAACCCAGGUCAACGGUGGCCCCAACUUCAACCAGGUCCCAGGCCCGCUUGUGGGCCCCCCUCCCCCGUCCAUGCAGAUCACUCCUCAGCUCCCCCUGAUGGGCUUUGUGGCUCGGGUGCAGGAGACUAUCUCAGAUGUGCCCCCUCCGCCGCCCCCCAUGGAAGAGGCUGUGUUUGAGGAGCCUACCCCACCCCCUCCACCUCCAGAAGACUAUGAAGAUGAGGAGGAGGAGGAAGAGGAAGAAGAGUCGGCCGUGGUGGAGUACAGCGAUCCCUAUGCAGAGGAGGACCCACCGUGGGCCCCACGUACCUACAUGGAGAAAGUGGUGGCAAUCUACGACUACGCGGCGGACAAGGAGGACGAGCUGUCCUUCUACGAGGGCGCCAUCAUCUACGUCAUCAAGAAGAACGACGACGGCUGGUACGAGGGCGUGAUGAGCGGCACGACCGGCCUCUUCCCCGGGAACUACGUGGAGUCCAUCAUGCACUACGCAGACUGACGGAGGAGGAUGGAGGAGGACGGAGGUACCGGGAGGUCAAAGACUUUGUCAGACAGAGCAUGAUCACAUUGUGGAGGUCACAGAAGAAUAGAGGACGAGCGUUCAAGCGAAGUACAAUGCAAGGAUCCUCAGCCACUCCUAUCAGAUGAAGUACAUUUUACAAUGGUCACUUACAGGUAUUCCCUGUGUUUUUGAACGGCGUGAGGCUGUAUGAUGUUUUUCUUUUGUGUAUUUAUUAUUAGGGCUUGAUUUUGUCUUUACUAUUAAUAAGAGAGGCCACGAUGAUUGUUGUGCUUAAUUUCUUUAUUUUUGUAAUUAUUUGCCCAUAUUUUAAAUCAUUUUAUUUAUUUGGACCUUGUAUAAUAUAGGAAGGGAUGGAAUGCCGGGCCGGGCUGCAGAUUGAGGAUAGGUGGAUAUCUAUACUCUCAGCCAAAGAGGUUAGAUGAGAUGAGAAUGCUAUAAACAAUAGUCUCUCCAUCUGUCUCGGCCCUGACGCACUCGGAGGUCCUUCUAGACCCGCAGAUUUCUUCAUUUAAAACCGGAAGGAGCUCUUAUUGGUUAGUGCAAUGUAGAGAGGUGCUGCUGCGCUUGAACUUUCUGCUGUGUCACAUUUGGUGACAGUGGAGUGACGAGUGCCAAGCCUUACAGUCACUGACAGGAGAAGCACAUACAGUAUGUCUGCAUCUGACAAAAUAGACUACAAAAAGCUCAGUCUUAGUGGUAAGACUGAGGUAAAUAGUCCUUACAACAGAUUUUUUUUUCUUCUUUUUUUUUGCUCACAUGAAAGACGAUUUUGGAACUGUUUUACAGAUUUUUGGUUCUGUCCCCAGGCUGGUUGGGGUAUCUUAGAUCAUGCUUGUUCACAACUUCACUUGCCCCCUUUUAUUGGUGCUAAGUUCGCUAGCAUUUAGUUGGUUCUACAGUUUAAUUUUAAAUUAAGUGGUCUAUGGCCAAACUGUAGAUUGCCCACUCGCACAAAAGUUGAAGAAAUACUUGGACGAUGUCUGUUUGGCCCUAAAGAACAGGGGACAGGAAACUUGCACAAUUGCUGAGAUUCUUAAGUCUUUAGUUACUGACCCUCCUCUUUACCCUGUUACCAAGACAAUGAAAACCCAUGUCUCUGCAGAGAAUGAGAAAUUGACCUGUGGUCUUGGCAGAAAAAGAAGACCAUGUCUGCGCUGCAGACAGAUAUAUAUACUCUGGUCAAUCAACUGCAGUGUUAAUUUGUGUUAAGUAGAUCAAUAUGCUGAAUGCUUUAUUAUUUUCUUUCAAAGGGUCCAACUUUCGCUAGCUGAGUCAGACUGCAUGUAAAAAAAAAAAACUAUUUUUCUUUUUUCUGCUAUAUUAUUAAUUAUUCCUGUCUUAAUAUUUUAGAUAUGGUGUGGUUAUUGGUUUGGUUUUGAAUAUUCACCCAUAUUAACAUUGUUGACAGGUGGGGUUUCAAGAUAGGACGAGGUAAAGGGAAGAUUGUGCCAUAUUGAAGUGCGUGUGUGUGUGUGCGUGUAGGUGUUUUAAAAGGUAUUUCUUCCAUUUGCAAUAAAAAUGGCUGGAGUGGGAACAGGUUCAGAAAAUUUGCAUAUUGGAGGUGUUCGGGAUUGAAAGCACAUUUGUAAAAUAUUUGCAAACGUUUACUGAAAUGAAAUUCUAUAGAUAUACGCUGUUCUACCGCCUCACACGAGGAAUAAAAUUAGCAUAAAAGCCAGCCAUUAAUUGUAGAAAUUCACAAGCCGUAACAGGUACCAAAACUGUCAACGACUUCCGAGUUGUUUCCCGGUGUUGAAGCAGGGCCGGAUGGGGGGGGGGGGGGGUUUGCUCCUGCUCUGUUUAGUAAGGCACAUGUACUACAUUUUCAACAUGCUCGGCUGUGUUUUGAGUCUUCCCAGGGCUCAGUGCACGUCUGUAUAUUUCAAAUCCUUUAUUUUCUAUUAAAAGUGGGUCUGUCCUUGAGUUCUGCAUGCCAUUGUUCUUAAUACCACAGCUUCCAGAGCACCCAACAUAAGUGCAACCCCAGAACUGGAUUCUCCCCGGGUGUGUUCAGCAGAGCGCAACGUCGUUGAACUUUCAGAUAAAGGCGUGUAGGGUAAGGACACGUGUACACUUGGCAGCAUUCGUAUCUGCAAUAGUCUGCAAUGCUGAACAUAGCCCUAGGUAUUAAUGAAAGAUAUUUUAAAAAAACAGCCUCAUCCAAAGACUAAAGUGUAAGCUAGGUCAAUGUCAACUUUGAUCCCAAUGUCCGAUGAUCAAUUGAGUUAUUGGUUUUGGGAUUGACUGCAGGUGGAGCCAUUUAUUAAAUGUGUAAGUGGAGAAAAUAUAUAUAUAAUUAUUAAAUGUGUAAAAACAGUAGGUUUCUAUUCCCUCAGCCCACACGGCAUCAUUCUAGAUGUCCAAACAGUCCAUAAUGCCAUUGUGUUGCACAGUCAAGUUUAACUGCAGAAAUUAUCACAUUUGUAAAAUCAUGACAAAGAAACCAAUAAAAUGAUUAAGAUUUAA